AUGGCUUCUGACUGUUCUCCUACAGACCACUCUUCUGAAUCUGGUGCCAGAGCUUCUGACUGUUCAUCAGUUUCAACUUGCUGUGCAGAAACUGCUUGCCACCCUACUGCCUGUGCUACGUCCAGAUGCCCGACCCCAACCUUCCUAUCCAGGUCCCGCUUGUCACCUGGUUGCCUCACACCAUGCUAUUUUGCCGGCAGUUGUACUAUUCCGUGCUUGGUAGGGAACUGUGCGUGGUGUGAGGAUGGAGUGUUCAACAGCAAUGAGAAAGAGACAAUGCAGUUCCUGAAUGACAGACUUGCCAACUACCUGGAAAAGGUACGGGGCCUGGAAGAGGAGAAUGCACAGCUCGAAUGCAGAAUACGAGAACAGUGCGAACAGGAAAUCCCCCUGGUGUGUCCAGACUAUCAGUGUUACUUUGACACCAUUGAAGAUCUCCAACAAAAGAUCUUGUGCACAAAGGCAGAGAAUUCCAGACUUGCUGUACAACUUGACAACUGCAAACUGGCUGCUGACGACUUUAGGUCAAAGUAUGAGAGUGAGCUGUCCUUCCGCCAGCUGGUGGAGGCUGACAUCAGCGGCCUGCACAGGAUCCUGCAGGACCUGACCCUGUGCAAAUCUGACCUCGAGGCCCAUGUGGAAUCCCUGAAGGAAGACCUCCUUUGCCUUAAGAAAACCCAUGAGGAGGAGGUUAACUUGCUUCGUGAACAGCUUGGUGACCAGCUCAAUGUAGAGCUAGAAACUACUCCCACGACUGACCUCAACAGGGUCCUGGAUGAGAUGCGCUGUCAGUACGAAAUGGUGCUCGCCAAUAACCGCAGAGACGUGGAGGAAUGGUUUGUUGCUCAGACAGAGGAACUGAAUCAGCAGCAGCUGUCCAGCGCAGAGCAGUUGCAAGGCUGCCAGACGGAGAUCUUAGAACUGAAACGUACGGCCAAUGCUCUGGAGAUUGAGCUCCAAGCUCAACAAAAUUUGACAGAGUCACUGGAAUGCACGGUGGCAGAGACUGAGGCCCAGUACAGCUCCCAGCUGGCCCAGAUGCAGUGCCUCAUUGAUAACGUGGAGAACCAGCUGGCCAAGAUCCGCUGUGACCUUGAGCGGCAGAACCAGGAGUACGAGGUGCUGUUGGAUACGAAAGCCAGGCUGGAGGGUGAGAUCAACACAUAUCGCGGCCUCCUGGAGAGUGAGGAUGGCAGAAUUUCUUGCAGCCCAGAUUCUACAGCCAGUCCAUCAAGCAAAACCUGUAAGCCAUGCUCAGCCCAUGUCAUUUGCACAGUUGGAAAUUGCAGUGCUUGA